UCAUCCACCUCACCACCAUUUGACACAAAAGGACAAUGGCCAGAAUAUGCUUCCUGCUGUUCCUCUCUGUGGCCACCAGAGGGUGGAGCACAGAGGAGGAAUCAGUCUGUACUGGCCAGUGGACCUCUCCCCGGCACUCUUCCUACCCUAGAAGCUGCAAGGAAAUCAGGCAGCGCUCCCCUGUAGCGCGAGAUGGCCUGUAUUUCCUCCGCACCGAGGAUGGGGUCGUCUACCAGACCUUCUGUGACAUGACCACUGACGGGGGCGGCUGGACCCUGGUGGCCAGUGUGCACGAGAACCACUUGGCCGGGAAGUGCACGGCGGGCGAUCGCUGGUCCAGCCAGCAGGGCAACAGGAAUGACUACCCAGAGGGCGAUGGCAACUGGGCCAAUUACAACACCUUUGGGUCAGCAGCAGGGGCCACCAGCGAUGACUACAAGAACCCCGGCUACUACGACAUCCGGGCCAAGGACCUGGGCAUCUGGCACGUGCCCAACAAGUCCCCACUUAAGAGAUGGAGGAGCAGGGCCCUGCUCAGGUACCGCACCAACAGCGGCUUCUUCCAGAACCUGGGAAAUAAUCUGUUUGGCCUCUACCAGAGAUACCCAGUGAAGUAUGGAAUAGGCAAGUGCUGGACGGACAACGGCCCUGCUAUCCCCGUGGUCUAUGACUAUGGUGACGCCAAGAAAGCUGCAUCUUAUUACUCCCCACUUGGUCAGGAGGAAUUUGUUGCUGGAUUUGUCCAGUUCAGGGUGAUUAAUAGAGAGAGAGCAGCCAAUGCCCUGUGUCCUGGGAUGAGAGUUACUGGCUGCAACACUGAACAUCACUGCAUCGGUGGAGGAGGCUUCUUCCCAGAGGACAGUCCCAGACAAUGUGGGGACUUCUCCUCCUAUGAUUGGAGUGGAUAUGGAACCCAAGUUCACUGGAGCAGCAGCCGGAGCAUAACGGAGGCGGCCGUGCUCCUGUUCUACCGGUGAGGGCUCUGUGCUGGGAGACUGACCCAGCUCCUCACCCCAGAUGCUCAGAGAUGG